AUGUCCAUUCCUACCAUGUCUACUGAUACCCAAACAAGAGGAGCUGCUCCUGAGCUCGAGAUGAAUAUAAUUAAUGAUAAAAAAUUAAUCCUUAAUGUAGGAGGGGUUAAGUAUGAGACCUUUCGGUCCACAUUAAUUGCCCAUCCGAGCACUUUACUUGGAACGAUGUUUCAAGAUGAAGAGACAAUUGAUAACAAAAAUGAAUUUUUUUUUGAUCGAGAUGGUAAAGUCUUUCGAUAUAUUCUCCAAUAUUACCGUAAUAACAAGAUAUAUUGGCCAGAUUCGAGUCGAGAAGUUUCAAGAGAAGAACUUCUAGAUGAAUUAGAGUUUUUUCAAAUUUCUGCCGAUGAACAUCAUUUAUUUGUUAAAAUACGAAAAAUGGUAUCAGUUCUUCCAGGUUGGAAACGUCAAUGUUACCCUAAUGUUGUAACUGGUAAUCUAAUAGAAUAUCAAACAAACUUAACAAGGAAUAUUUCAAAAGGCCGAAACACUUGGCGUGGCAUUUAUCAAACGUCACAAUGCGCCGAUUGUGAUUAA